GUGGUCCAUGGUUAUAAGAGAAACCACCAAUUAUUUGGUUUGUGUCAUCUACGAGAGAACUCAAAUGGCUUCUUUCCACUUCUUCUUGCUUGUUCUGGUGGCCACUGCUAGAGUUUUAGGAGCAGAUGCUGAACUAUCUACAAACUUUUACUCUUGCAGCUGCCCAAAACUGUUGCCUAUAGUGAACAAUGGAGUUGCUAAAGCCAUUCAGAAAGAAGCUCGCAUAGGAGCUUCCUUACUUCGAUUGCACUUCCAUGACUGCUUUGUAAACGGAUGUGAUGCAUCAAUACUAUUGGAUGACACAAGCAACUUCAUAGGAGAGCAAACGGCAGCAGCUAACAACAGAUCAGCUAGAGGCUUCAACGUGAUUGAUGGUAUUAAAGCCAAUUUGGAGAAACAAUGCCCUGGUGUAGUGUCCUGUGCUGAUGUUCUUGCUCUGGCUGCUAGAGACUCUGUUGUUCAGUUAGGGGGUCCUUCAUGGGAAGUGGGGUUGGGAAGAAGGGAUUCAACCACCGCAAGUAGGGGCACUGCUAAUAACACCAUCCCAGGACCCUUCCUCAGUCUAUCUGGUCUCAUCACAAAUUUUGCUAACCAAGGCCUCUCUGUUACAGACUUGGUUGCUCUCUCAGGGGCACAUACCAUUGGCCUGGCUCAAUGCAAAAAUUUCAGAGCACACAUCUACAAUGACUCCAACAUUGAUGCCUCCUACGCCAAGUUCCUGAAGAGUAAAUGCCCCAGAAGUGGCAAUGACAAUUUAAACGAACCCCUUGACCGCCAAACUCCAAUCCAUUUCGAUAAUCUAUACUUCAAGAAUUUGAUGGAUAAAAAAGUUCUUCUUCACUCUGACCAGCAGCUCUUCAAUGGCGGUUCCACCGACAAUCUGGUGAAAAAAUAUGCUACUGAUAGAGCUGCAUUCUUUAAGGACUUUGCCAAGGGCAUGGUCAAACUGAGCAACAUUAAGCCUCUCACAGGAAGCAAGGGGCAGAUCAGAAUCAAUUGCGGGAAAGUGAAUUAAAUGUUACCAAGUGAUGUAUGUGUUUGAUAUAUGUUCAAUUUCCUUCUUCAAAAAUCAUGUAUAUAUAACCCUUAUCAAGCGACCUGAUUUAUCAUCAAUAAACAAGCUUAUUUAUAUGCA